AUGAACAUCACCCACUCCAUCGUCUCCGAGCGAGACCGCGCUCUCCUCGCUGGCGACUACUCCUCCUACCACUCCCAGGCCACUCGAAGGAUCCACAGCCUCCGCAGGCGCCUUGGUGCGUCAAAUCGUGGCAGGAAAUACAAUCCCAAAGGCCCCGUCACUCCUGAAAAUGUAGUCCGAAAUGCAGAAUGGAUUCAACUGCUGCUCGCCAGUGCCGAGCGCGCCUGGGCCGACGCAAUGGCUAUGAAGUCUGCCCAGUCCCAGGAAUCCACCCAGAAGCCGAUGCCUGCCUCUACAAAACGUCAGAUAGCCUCCAGACUGAAAAGGGCUGUGCAGUACGCUCAAAAUCUGGUCGAUGUCCUCAACCAUGAAUCCGCUGGUAGCAUCGCCCAAUCCCAAGACACCUUGGAAGCCAUUGCAUAUCUCUCCAUGUUGAAGGGUACUCUUGACUUCGAGAAGGCCAGAUGGCAGUCCUGCAUCCACAAUUACUCUCUCCCACACAUUAUCUACACAGCUCUGUCCAAGGCCGCCAAGUCGGAAGCGUACAAGGAUUUGCUCUCCGGCAUCGUCGACCCCAGCAUUCGAUAUGCCGCAUAUCAGCUCCAGGUUGCGAGAACAAAGCCUAUUGACGAGAUCGCCAUUGAGAGCUUCCCCGAGUCUCAGGCAACGCUUCGAAAAGACAUCCAAGCACUCGAUCCCCUGGCUUUUCAGUCUGCCACCAACGCUGCUCCAACCAAAGACGGUCCCCAGAAUAUCCCUACUACAAUAUCAUGGCGCACCAGGACCGUCAAACUUGAACAUGCCAACAUCUCUCAAGCAUUGGGCCAGUCUAAAGAUUGCGAACAUCACCUUCUUGCUAAAUAUGCCGGCUUUCAAAAGGGCGACUGUAGUGCCCAGGACUUUGCCACUUCCUAUGAGGAUGUCAUUACCGCGAACCAGGACGCUGCAGAUGCUACCAAAACCGCCAUCGACGAACUUACCGCCGAGGGUGUCGAUCCCGGCGAUAGCCGUAUUCAAUCCCUUCAGAUCACCCGAACCGCUGUCAAUUAUGCUGUCAUCGAAUGGCGUAUUGGCCGGAACAGAAUUCUCACAGGUUCACAUGACGGUCUGGACUUUGAGCCUGAGCAACCAAAACGACCGUCGAAGCCACGCAAGGAUGGAAAGCCUCAGAACAUCAGAGAGGAGAGCGCUGGCCGCAUCCUCUCGCGGCUCCGUGAGCGUGUUGCUCUGUACGACCUGAUCCUCCAGAGCCUUGACGCCGUGAAGGAACUGCCGGGUGUAAUUGCAGAUGCGGUCUUUCUUGAAGAACUUCAGGCAAAACAAGCUUACUUCCGCGCCCUCAAAUGCCUUGCCGUUGGCCGCUCACAGGCUGUCAAUGGGAAAAUUCCCAACGCACUGGCUCUGUACACCCGUGCUUUCGACCUAGCUCAAACAGCCUCCGCGACGCUAUCUUCCCAAUCCUCAUCAUCCAGUGACAGCGUGUCGCCGCCUAGACUUGAUCUUUCUCCAGAACAGCUGCAAGCCACUGUGGAUACUUUGGGUCAACUAGUCACGCAGUAUCGCGCACUGGCAGAUUUGAAGGCUCUAACCUCCUCUACAAAGGCUAAUACUCAGCUUGAAACCAACACCAUCAAACCUUCUCCUCUGAUCGAACGUCUCAACCGCAACGAGUACAUUGAGAACGUUGACUUGAGCAACCUUGUCAAUUAUCCACCCAAAUUACGGCCUGUACCUGUCAAGCCACUCUUUUUUGACCUUGCCUGGAACUAUAUUGAGUAUCCUGGGCAGAAACGUGAGGAGUUUACAGGCCGCGUGCAAGACUCAGAACCAGUACGGAAACAGCCAGCUACAUCAGGAAGAACGGAGGAGACAGAGGAGCAAAAGCCGGCUAAGAGGGGUUGGUUCGGGUUUGGCAGGUGA